AUGAAUCUUGUGUUUCCUAAAGAUAAAUUUUCUAGACAUUUUUCUUAUGCAUUUUAUACUAGAAAGUUAAAUAAUGGUUUGUCACAGAGACUUAAAGAACAUGAAAAUAGUAAUGAACAUUUUGUUUGUAUGAGUCAUUGGAAUGAAGCAAAACUAAGAUUAGAUAAAAACCUUACAAUUGAUAAUGAAUUACAACAAGAAAUAAUAAAAGAAAAAGAACGGUCUAAUGAAAAACUUUUUCAAGAUAACAAUGGUAACUUUUUAGGAGUAAUCCAAAUGAUGGUUGAAUAUGAUGGUAUAAUGCAAGAUCAUAUAAGAAGAAUUGAAAAUAAUGAAACUCAUCAUCAUUAUCUUGGCUAUAAAAUUCAAAAUGAACUAAUUUCUCUUUUAGAUGCAUUGAAAUUGUUAGAUCUUAAUGUGGAUGAUAUAAGGGGUCAAGGUUAUGAUAAUGGGUCUAAUAUGAAAGGAAAACACCAAGGGGUUCAAAAAAUAAUGCUUGAAAUUAAUCCUAGAGCUUUAUAUAUGCCUUGUGUUUGCCAUAGUCUUAACCUUACGGUUAGUGAUAUGGCACUUUCUUGUGAAAAAUUGCAAUCUAAAUCUAUUUGUAUCGAUACUACUAUUAACCAAAUAGAAAAUAUUAUGAAGUUUUUUGAAAAUUAUAGAAAUGAAGGUUUUACAUCAAGUAUGAAUAUUGCUAAAACUAUUGCACUAGAUAUGGGUGUAGAGCCUAUAUUUCCAUCAAAACGUCGUAUUGUUAGAAAAAAAAACAAUUUGAUGAAAUCAUUAAGUGAAAGUGAACUUAAAGAAAGUUGUAUAAAGUUUGCUACUACUUUUUCUAAAGAAAAUGUUUCUGAUGUGGAUUCAAGUGAACUUUUUUCAGAAUUGAAAGUGUUGAAAAUGACUUUACCUAAUGAUAUAAAUUCCGUUGUUGAAAUUUUAGAGUUUGUUAAAGUUGUUGAUUGUUACCCAAAUACUUUUUUGCAUAUAACAUUUUGUUAA